AUGGCAACGACAAUUCUCUUUGCGUUGUUCGUCCUUGGGUUCGUUGCAGGAGAGCAACAGAUAUAUGGUGAUUCAGAUGGGCCAUUUGGUGUCGCCGCUUAUGGAGUGAAUUGGUCACCACCCUCUCGUGCAUCAGCUACUCUUCCUCAUUCUCCGUCAGACGGCAAGGCCGCCCUGCGGACAAAAUGGUGCAACCCUCCACGACAGCAGCUCAAGGCCAAGAAGGGCAUCCUCUUCCUCCAGCGCAACCUGUUGGACGGUGCACUACUGCCGGCAAACACAGAGCUGGGGCACAUUCACACGCCGCAAAACUUCCCCAGGUCGCCCCCCGCACCGCCGCCGUUUGCCUACAGCAACCUCAAAAACAUACUGGCCUUCUACAACAUCACGCGGGGCUCGGAGCGAGCCCGGCAGGUUGCCGCCACGCUCCGGUUCUGCCGCGAUGAUCAGCAGCAAGAGGAGCCACACGUCUGCGCCGCCACCCAGCGAGCGGCCAUGGAGUUCGCCGCUGCUGCCCUGGGCACGACGCCGCGAGCGGCCAGGACGGUCAUCCACGGGCGCGGGGAGCCUGUCAGGUACGUGGUGGCGCCCAACGGCGUCACCAGCAUCGGCCGUGGCAAGGUGGUGCCGUGCCACCCGCUGCCGUACCCGGCGGACCUGCUGUACUGCCACCGGCCGGGCAACGUGCAGGCGUUUAGCGUGGAGCUCGUCGGGCAGGAGGACCCCUCGUUGGGCGCCACGGCGAUCGCCGUGUGCCACGAGAAGACGGAUGGAUGGGCCCUGGAGUAUUUCGAAAUGCUCAACGGAACCCGUGGUGAGCCGGUAUGCCACUACAUGCCGGAGAAAUACCUGCUGUGGGUACCUGCUGCUGAGCUGAAGCUAUGA